GACACACACAGCGUAUUGUGGAUUAAAGGUAACAAUGAUUAACAUUUCCAAUUAAUUAAAACGUAAUAGACGUGUUACUUGGCCUGGACUCGCGGGAUUCCAUAGGGCUGAAUGUCAAACUCGGUUGGCAGAUACUGUGAAGACACUCCCACACAUGCACGGGACAUUGAAACAGAGGUUUCUAGCAUCACGACAGACGCUACAGCUGAAGCAAAAUCACAGAUGAGGGAACAUUUAUAGCUCGGCUUUUGCCAGACAGCCAAGACAUAAAAGGAGGAUUCUGCCGUUUUUACUGACUGUAUCUCGGAAGAGUCGUUUGCACAUUUCUGCGGCAGCGCUUGGAACUUUCCUUCGUAUUCUCAAACGAUCUGGGCGUACUCGACAAACAAGCUAAGGAGAUUGUAUUUAGUAGAAUUGUAUUUGCGACGGAGAGGUGAUCUUGAAGCGACUGGGCUUUUUCUGUUGAAAUAAACAAGGAAUGGUUUCUAGCUUUUUGUGAAUUGUGAGGAUUUAUUUUGUGUUUGUUUGGACUAGUAUUACCUUGUAUUGAAUUCUAAAAUUAGGAUUUGGUUUUACCAACACAAAUCAUUGACUGCACGAAGAUAUCAUUUGAAUGGAUUUGGAUUUGUUCCUUGCGUACCUCACCAUUAAUAACAGUGGCACGAUAGUAGCAGUACAUGUAUGUUUACAAGCAUUUGCUUUUUCUUAACUUUUAUUAAGAUUUAACGCUGUAUGCAUUUGCAUUCGUUUUAAUUUCAUUUCCAUUUAAUUAUAAUAAAACAAGAACUUGGGACAUUUACGUCAAAAGGCGCAUUGCAUAGAAUUAUGGAAAUUCAGAUUGGAUUAGAAGGACUUCGUGACUCCUCCAACAAUCCUCUUCGUGGGACUUUCCAAAACGUUUUCCAUAGUGUGCGAACUCAGUUCCAAAGCUGCGAGAGCUUGGACUCGAAGUACGGAUGGGAGAUGCGCCAAACUAGCAACCAGUGCGCGCCAUACUUCGAGACGCCGCUUAGUUCGGAGAGUGCAGUGGACGAGGUCCAGAGUGCUGCUUUUAACAGACAGCUCAUUGCUCCAGACAGGUCUCGCAGCUUUACGAAGAGAGCAAUGAGCAGCGGCAGUGAAUUCUCUACAGCGCUUGCAGCAGGAGCUGUGGAGGAGGGGGUGUGUGCCUCAUUCUUCUCUGAUUUGCCCCACUGCAGCCUGGAACAACAAGGAGCCGCUGUAUCCGUCGCACCACAAAAUGACACAGAGUAUAAUGACAGCGACGCCUCAUUGCGAAUGCAAAGCAGGGGCACCGAUUCAACCGGCACCACCAUCUCUGAAACUGCCAGGGAGCUCUGCAAGGCAGUCUCGGUAUCGCUUGGUUUAAACAUUGAACCAAACGAGAUGAAUGACUUGAGGUCAAGCCAUGGCUCAUAUCUUAGUAGUGACCGAAGACAAGGAGACUGCAUGUUCGAAGUGCCUUCACUAGGGUGCUCGAGCCCUGGGCGCAGCAGUGCACAUGAUGGCAGAUCAGUGCAAAAUGAUAAGGAUGUUGGAAUGUUUAAUGGAUCCCACGCGAAUCGAAGUACGAGUGGGGUAGCCCCACUCCAACACCACAGCAUUGCGCAUUCAGAAGGGGGCGAGAUGGUUGCAGAAAUAAAACACCAGGAUGACCCUGUGAAUUUUAAAUUCACGGGUUGCGAAGACUCCGAAGAUCAUGUAAAUAUGGACGGAGGUUACUUAGCCCCCAGUCAGGCUGUCCAGUCGGUGCCAUCAAACAUGGCAAGCUGUGUGCAGAAUCAAAACUGGCCGGGGAACAUGCCGCACAAAAACGCACCUCUUCUGGGUCAAUCAGAAACAGUUAAGGUGGGCACAGAUGGCGAGUACCCUACACAUUUCAACCUAGCGCCCAGCUUUAGGAUAAAGACUGAAGAACAGAACAACGAAUGGGGUGCCCAGUGUAGGUACAAAGACAAUGACGGUGUAGCUUACAGGUCUUCAGCGCCUGCGACGCAUUCACAGGACACGGCGCAAUGCGGACUGUUUGUCUGCAGUCCAUUUGAACACUGGAGGAGCAGCGACCUGUGUGCACAAGAUGAAGUGGCAACAGAGUCGUGGUACCCCGGUGGGAUGGUGGGGACAAUGCCAUAUACCAAAUUACCUUGUUUGAAAACUGAAGGGAAUGACUGGGCUCCUGUACCCUACGGUGACACACGGUGGGAGGGGGGCAGAGACACUCUUUUCCCGAUGGAGUAUUUCUUCCUGCCCCAGAGGACCUGUCUGAUUUGUAGUGACGAAGCGUCGGGGUGUCACUAUGGAGCGCUCACCUGCGGCAGCUGCAAGGUGUUCUUCAAGAGAGCAGCUGAAGGUAAGGGAAAACAGAAGUACCUGUGUGCCAGCCGAAAUGACUGCACGAUUGAUAAGCUCAGGAGAAAGAACUGCCCGUCCUGUCGUCUCCAGAAGUGUUUCGAGGUUGGAAUGACUCUUGGAGCUCGCAAGCUGAAGAAGAAGAAAGGGGCAGAGGAUAUCAGCAAUCAACCCCAGAACAAUGCGACGCUGCAUGCAGCAAUGCAACAGAGUGACAUUGUGAGAAUGGAGGUGUUCCAGAACCAGCCGGUUUUCCUUAAUAUCUUGGAGACUAUUGAACCAGACGUGGUGUUCGCUGGCCACGAUAACAGAUUGCCAGAUUCCUCUGCAAACCUGCUGACCAGCUUGAAUGAACUGGGGGAGAGGCAGAUGGUGCGCAUGGUGAAGUGGGCAAAAGGACUGCCAGGUUUCCAAAACUUGCAUGUGGAAGACCAAAUGAAAAUGAUUCAGUAUUCAUGGAUGGGGACCAUGGUGUUCGCUAUGGUAUGGAGGUCCUUUAAGAACGUCAAUUCCACCAUGCUGUACUUUGCUCCAGACCUUGUAUUCAAUGAGGUCCGAAUGCACAGAUCCAAGAUGUUUGAGCACUGCGUAGCAAUGCGACACAUUGCUCAGGAGUUCCUUUGGCUUCAGGUCACACAGGAAGAGUUCUUGUGCAUGAAGGCGCUGUUCUUCUUCAGCAUCAUUCCAGUGGAAGGUUUGCAAACUCAGAAGUAUUUCGAUGAUCUGCGGAUGAACUACAUCCAAGAAUUGUACCGCAGCUGUGGAGUGAACACCCCCCGUGCUCAGAGGUAUCACCAGCUCACCAGACUCAUGGAUUCUCUUCAGCCGAUUGUGACGAAGUUGCACCAGUUUACAUUCGACAUGUUCGUCCAGACUCAGGGGCACUCUGGGAGCAGAAUCCAGUACCCAGAGAUGAUGACUGAGAUCAUCUCUGUGCAGGUGCCAAAGAUCCUCGCUGGAAUGGCAAAGCCAAUCCUGUUUCACAAGCAGUGACGUUCUUCUCUACCGUCACUCCGACACAUAUCACUUGCUGCCUCUCCUCACAGUGUCCGUUUCAGCAUUCUUCACUCGCAUUUAGGCGGGGGCCAGCAUUGUCUCCAGCAGAUGCUGUUAGACCAUUUUUUCCUCGAGACUUUUUUUUUCUUUUUUUUUUUUAAUUCUGAUGUUUUUCAUUGGGCCUCCUUUAAAGGAAUACAGCACAUUUAUUGUCUAUAGUGGUGUGUAAUGAUGGUAAAAGCUGUUUACAAGAUCUAUUACAUGUUUGGGAAGUCUGUCAGAUAAAAAAUAAUAAUAAAUUCAACAAGACUGAUAAAUAUUAUUAUCCCUAUCUUGUAAACAGUACAAUGCUACCUGUCUACUGCUCCUCAUCCUCAAUCCUCCACAUCUGAAUUCGAUUAGUAGACUUUAAUUCAAAAAAGAUAUCCGAGGAAGUUGUUUGGGGGUUAGUGGUACGAGAAAGAGAAGGCAGGACCGAACAGCACCCCUACCAAUGAAGUUGUUAUUGCUCUUUGAUUUAUUACCAAACAGAUCACAAGCAGAUGACUCAUGAGAACCAAAAUAACUGCUGCCUGGAAUUAUAUGACAAUAGAAAAACACAUUAAGGCAAUCUGUUUGUUUUUUCUACUUUUGCUUGACUCAUUUGACUGUAUUAUUAGAUAUUAUUAGUGCAUCUGUGGAGAAUCGUAUAAACUGUUACAGUGCUUCUAAUUCAUUAUCCAUACUAUGAAAAAUAUUCAUAGAAUACACAGUACCAACUACAUCGUAGAAAAGUGUCUGAAUGCAAGCAGUGAUAAUGACUUGUUAGCAUAUACCAUGUAGUCAGCAUACAGCAGAAUACAGACACUGUGUUUGAAGAUGCUUGCAAGUCUUUGGAGCAAACUGUAUGACAAUAUCAAUGUAGUGCUUGCAGCAGGCUUGCAUUGCAUUCAAAACUAUAUCACAUGGAAUGUAGUCUUUACUUGAGCAGCAGUAACUGGUUUCCUUGUAAUGGACUUUUGUGUGAGAAUGGAAUUGCUCAGUAUUUCAACAUGUUUUCAUUUAAAACUACCACCCAUUGUUUUCUAUAACAGGAAUGGUUCUUUUACCAAAUGGUAACAGUUUACAUACGAUAAUAGAAACGUAGCUGUUUUUAAACCAGAUAAACUUUUUAACGCCUGGAUAAACACUUUCCUACGCUAUUUGCUACCUAUACUUUGUGUUGUUGAGGUGGUUGUGUUUUUUUUUUUUUUUAUGUAUAUGAAACUUUGUUAUACUUUGUAAAUGGCUGUUAAAAAAAAAAAGUUUGAGAAAAAAAGAUUUCCUUCUGAAGGUUAAGAUGUUAUAGAAAAUGAAGUUACAGAGGUGUCGUGAAUUCAUUUAAAUGACAUCAGGUCAUACAGUGCCACUGUUGAUUACAUUAUUAAAAUAUGAACCUUUACUAAGGUUUCACAUGCCUCCAUAGAGCAAUGGGACCGGACUCAUAAAACAUUUACCACCGUGCUGCUGAGUUGAUUUAAUGAAUCUUUAAAUAAAGAACUCAGUCGGUUUAUUUUCAGGGCUGACUGUGGUCUGGUAAAUGCUUUGGGAAUAUGGCCCUGAAGAUUCUCACAUGCACACGGGCACUGUUUGAGAAGUUGGCUUUUGUUACCUUCAUUGUUUUAGAUGUGCAACUGUUUGAAACAGUUAAAUAGACCUCACUUGUUUUGUAACUCAGCCAAAUGUGUUAACAAUAAAUGAGCUGCACGAUGCAGAGGGAAGAUCGCUUGCUGGAAGUCAGCCUUUGGGUAUAGGAGUUAUUUGUAUAUACUGUAUUGGACUUUGUGUUUCGAUUGCAUCAGGUCUUCAGAAAUAGGAUUCCCUGUAAAAAGAUACGAUCAUGACGUUUUUAAUGUUGUUAAGUUAAUGAUUGUUUCAAAGGUUAGUCUUAGAACAAGGGAAAUGAAUUGCUGUUUAGAGAAGAUGACUGUAGGUUACAAGCUCAACUUAGCUGCAGACCCAACUGCCAGAUAAAGCAUUUUGAUUGAAAUUUCUUUCUAUUGGUAUUCAAAGAUUUUUUUAUCCCAAAUCUGCUUUGAUAGUGAUGUAUAUGAUUAGUAUUGCUGUGCAGCAUUCAGUUUUAUUUAAACAUAUUUCUCAUUCUACAAUGUUACAUUAGAAUCAUUUUUUAUAAACAGAAACCUCUUUCAAAUGUAGAAACUAACUACCUAAUUCUGCAUCGUAUUAUGUUACAAGUUAUUUUUGCAAAUAUGUUACUUUUACUGUACAUAUUUUUUUUUGUGUGUUCAUGGGUAUUAUCAUGCAAUACUGUGUGUACUCUAUAGAUGCAUUUCAGGUGUUUAACACCCCAUUUAGAAACUGUAAUCGGACUGUAUCCCCAUUCAGGGAUUAUGGGUUGAUAGUGUUCAUACUGUACAUUCAAGUCCAGGUAUGUUUUUAGUUCUUCCCAUUCUAUUUGUUUUUAUUAAAAACUGUUAGAACGUUGCCUGACUAUGUGACUCGCUGUGGGGAAAUCGACCAAGAGAAUAAGACUUUUAGGACUGACUUGAGAUCAUGUAGCAGUUUUAACUAAACAGUGUCUUAGGCUAUAUUCCAAUAUCUGUUUCACUGAGAAAUUGUUACAAUUAUAAUCAUUCAAAAGAUAUUUGCUUAAAUCGGAUUUAAAAACAAACAAACAAAAAAUCACUUAUUUUGAGACGUGCCAGAUUCCUUUUUGAUCUUAAUCUUAAAAGAGUUUGGCACAGGAGAGUAUCUUUCCAGAUGUCGAAGGCAGAUCAGUGGUCAGUGCAGCUCAGUCACGUUAUUGAAUGAAAGGAUACACCACACUCUGGCAGAUAUGGAGCCGUCCCUCACGGGGUGAGGGUGAGACUGGAAACUCGUAUGUAGCAGUGCCUUGAUCUUACAAUACAGCCUUACGUGUUGAAGAAUAUGCAGGUCUAAAUCAGAACAUAUGCUAAGCUCAGACUUGAAUGUACAGCCCUGUUUCAGGGGGUGAAGUUUAAAGGUGCAGCGUCCCUUGCAGCUCAGCCAGUGAUUCAUGUCAGGGGUUAUCGGUGUAACAAGAACACCCUUUUGAAAUUUCUGUUUGACUUUACUGAGUGUCCCUACAGAGACAACCACCUUCGAUGCAGAGAAACUGUAAACGGGAUAAAGUAGAGUGCACAAGCUAGUCUAGUGAUAAAGAAACAGAGAGCGUGAGACAUUGCCCCUUUAAAUACAUUUGUGUAGUUUUAAUUAUUAUGAUUAUUAUUAUUAUUAGUAUUAUUAUUAUUAUUAUUAUUAUUAUUAUUAUUAUUAUUAACUAUUAAGCAGCACCAGUUUGGGAUAUGUCAUGGCUCUCAGUGGUUUGAUUUCAGUCCAGGUGGGCUAUGGUUAGAGGGCUGAGUACAAGUACAACUACAAGUACAAGUACAGGCACAGGUUCAGGUAGAAGUACAAGUUAUUGUUGUGGCUGCUCUAUGGGAGAUCCAACACCUUUCUGGAGCACAAAACAACAACUAUACCAUAAAAAGGCUGUAUAAGGUAACAGUAGAACAGUUUUGUACCAUGUCGUCGCACUCACAGCUGAACAAGCCUGGCUUCUCCCUUGUUUUUCUUGAUUGGUUGUACUUUUGCAGCUUGCAUGUGUAAUAAGCAUACAGUCCAAAUUGUUCUGUUUUCCUGGCAUUAAUAGUGACAUGUUCAAUGGAUACUAACUUAUCUAGUGUAUUAUUCUUUUGAUAAUUGCUGUUGCUUCUGUAUUCCUGAUAUUAUAUUUUUAAAGGUUGAGUGCUUAACUUCUCACUUUGCUCUACAGGGCCCCCCUGGUGCUAGAAACAGAAACACAUUGACAGGGGUACCCAGACCUAUGUUGCCCUCUCCUCAUAUUCAGACAGCAACCAGCUAAGCUGUGCUUUGUGUUUCAAUUGCACCAGGUCUUCAGAAAUAGGAUUCCCUGUAAAAAGAUACUUUCAUGAUAUUUUCAUGUUGUAAAGUUAAUUGUUGUUUGAAAGCCAUUGUUACUCAAGGGAUAAAUGCUAGUGACUGUGCAGUGCAAGUUCCCAUGUUAUACUAUCAGUCUGCAAUCAUCUACAGAAUCUGGUACAUUCACGUACUGCGACACGUAAGUAAUGUUUGUCUGUGUUGCUCGAGGGAGAUGGGAGAAAUAGAAACCAAAAGUCAAUGAAUCGUAGAAGACAAGAUAUUGGCUUUCUGAGACUUUAAAUUAACUUUGAAAAUGACUGUUAACAGCAGAGAGAUUCUGUACUUAUCAUUUUUGUAUUAUUUCCUAUUUCUCGGAUCUCAAUAAAGCAAGUUUUCUUUUUCA